AUCUCUCUCACCCGUACCGUGACCACUCCCGUCCUCGAAAAUGCCGCCCAAAAACAAGGCAAAGAAGGGUAAGAAGGCCGAAGAUGAGGAAUACUGGGAGAAAGCCGGCGAAUCUAUCCCAUCCUCUCAACCCGUGGCAGAUGCGCCGUCUCGAUCUGGCUUCUCUGGAUUCACGGCGCUGGAUAUGAGUGUGGACGACACUGCGCAACCGGAGGAGGAUGAGGAUUUCGGUGGACUGAUGUCGACCCUCAACAAGGCAAACAAGAGCAAGAAGGAUAAGAAGAAGGACAAGAAGAAAGCUGUUGCCUACGAUGAGGAUGAGGACACUCCCCUCGAUCCUGCCGUCGAUGAUGAAGCUGCCGGCGCGUCGAAGAAGCCGACGGAGAUGACCGCUGAGGAGCUCGCUGAUGAGGAAUGGGGCCCAGUGAAGGAGAAGAAAAAGGGCAAGAAGGGCAAGGGCAAGAAGAGCAAAGCCCAAGAUGACGAGGAUGAGGAUAAAAUUGCCGAAGAGACGACAGAGGCUGCACCCCCUGCUACCGCUAAACCUCCUGCUCCUGCUGACGACGGUGAUGACAACGCCGAUGACGAUGCCGCGGACGCUGGUCCGAAGAUCCUCAGCAAGAAGGAGAAGGAGAAGAUUAAGAAAGAGAAAGAACGAGCCAAGAAGAAGGCUCAAGCCGCCGCGAAAAAGUCCACUACUGGGGAUGCCGCCGCAGGCGACGACGCUGACGUUGCACCCGCAGCGCCUCCUCCGGCCGAUGAUGCUGCAGACAACGAAGACGAUGCCGAUGAAGGCGCGGCAGGCAAGGGAGACGCGAAGAAGAAGAAGAAGAAGAAAGCAAAGAAGGAGGAGGAGCCCGCACCUGCACCUCCCGCUGCUUCAAAGAAAAAGGGCGGUGCCAUCGGUGCGCUGAAAGCCAUGUUAGAGGAGAAAAAGCGUGCGGAGGAAGAGGUCCGCCGAAAAGAGGAGGAGGAGAGGGCCCGGCUAGAGCGGGAAGAACAAGAGGCUGCUGAAGUAGAACGCAAGAAGGAGGAGGAAAAGCAGCGACGCAAGCAGAAGGAGAAGGACAAGAAAGAGUUGGCCAAGAAGGAGGGACGAUUCUUGACAAAGAAACAGAAAGAGGAAAAGGCCAUGGCAGAGAUCCGCCGACAAGCUCUCCUCGCAUCCGGUGCUCAUAUCGAGGGAUUGCAGGGCUCGACUGCUGAUGCGCCAGUCAAGAAGGUGAACUACGGUACUCGCAAGAAGAAAGGGCCGGCAGUGAAGGACGCUUCGCCGGCUCCAGAAUCGCGACCCCGGUCUCCGGAGCCUGUUGUCCCUGCACCAGAACCACGGACGGAACCCGUCCUUGAAUCCAAACCAGAUGUCGUGAGCGACUGGGAUGCUAGUAGUGCGGAAGAGGAAAAUGAAGUCAAGCAGGGGGCGGCUGAUGUCAAGGAUUCCUGGGAUGCUUCAAGCGACGAGGAAGAGGUCGCUCCUGUCGUUGCACCCAAAUCUGUCGGCGCAUCCAAGCCGGUUGCCGCAGCGAAACCCGCAGUUGUGGCCAGCUCGUCCAAAGCCCCGGCUAAGGCACCGGCCAAAGCACCAACCCCCGCUGUCAAGAAAGGCAUGAAAGCCGAAGCGGCAGCCAGGCGAGCCAAAGCCCGCGAGGAUGCGCUGGCUGCUCGCAGCAAGGACGAUCUGCGCAGUCCGAUCUGCUGUAUCCUUGGACACGUCGACACCGGAAAGACGAAGCUGUUGGACAAGAUUCGUCAAACAAACGUUCAAGAAGGCGAAGCGGGCGGAAUUACACAGCAGAUCGGUGCGACCUAUUUCCCCGUGGAUGCUAUCAAGACAAAAACCGCCGUGCUGAACAAGGACGGGACUCAGGAAUACAAGAUCCCGGGCCUUCUGGUCAUUGACACGCCGGGUCAUGAGUCGUUCACCAACCUGCGUUCGCGUGGAAGUUCCUUGUGCAACAUUGCGAUCUUGGUUGUGGAUAUCAUGCAUGGCUUGGAACAGCAGACCCUCGAGUCAUUAAGGUUGCUUCGGGACCGGAAGACCCCAUUCAUUGUUGCAUUGAACAAGAUUGAUCGAAUGUAUGGCUGGGACGCGACCCCCGAUGGCGCAUUCCGCGAGUCACUGGCCAAGCAGAACCGAGCCGUCCAGCGUGAGUUCGAGGAUCGGCUGACCAAGAUCGUCGUUGCCUUCGCGGAAGAAGGGCUGAAUGCGGUGCUCUAUUACGACAACAAGAACUUUGCGCGCAAUGUGUCGAUCGUGCCGACCUCUGCCGUCACUGGCGAGGGUGUUCCUGAUAUGAUCAUGCUGCUCGUGAAUCUCACCCAACAGCGGAUGAGCGACCGCCUGAUGUAUCUGUCGGAGCUCGAGUGCACCGUGCUCGAGGUCAAAGUCAUCGAGGGACUGGGCACUACCAUCGAUGUGGUACUUUCGAAUGGGAUAUUGCGGGAGGGAGACAAGAUCGUCGUGUGUGGUCUCAACGGGCCUAUCGUAACACAAAUCCGGGCUCUAUUGACACCCCAACCGCUGCGGGAGCUUCGUAUCAAGUCCAACUAUGUGCACCACAAAGAAGUCAAGGCCGCGUUGGGUGUGAAGAUCACGGCGCCCGAUCUCGAAAAGGCGAUCGCUGGUUCACGCUUGCUUGUUUGCGGGCCGGACGACGACGAAGACGAUCUGCGGGACGAGGUGAUGUCUGAUCUCACGUCGCUUCUGAACAACAUCGACAAGUCGGGCCGGGGCGUGUGUGUCCAGGCUUCGACUCUCGGAUCGCUCGAGGCGCUGCUCGACUUUCUCAAGUCGAGCAAAAUCCCGGUGUCGGGUAUCAACAUUGGCCCUGUACACAAGAAGGAUGUGAUGAGGGCUGGGACGAUGCUGGAAAAGGCCAAGGAGCUGGCGUGCAUCCUGUGCUUCGAUGUGACAGUCGAUAAAGAUGCCGAGCGCAUGGCGGAGGAAAUGGGGAUCAGGUUGUUCAAGGCUGAUAUCAUUUACCACUUGUUCGAUGCGUUCACGGCCUACAACCAGGAGAUCGUCGAGGCGAAGCGGAAAGAUGCUGCGCCUCAAGCCGUCUGGCCGUGUCGACUCAAGAUCUUGGCCGUGUUCUGUAAGCGGGAUCCAAUCAUCGUCGGUGUCGACAUCCUCGACGGCAGUCUGCGGGUCGGCACGCCUCUGGCAGUGGUCAAAACAGAUCCGGCUACCGGCAAGAAGGAGAUCAUCGACCUGGGCAAGAUCACAUCGUUGGAGAUCAACCAUAAGGCCUACGAUCUGGUGAAGAAAUCGCAGGCCGGUGCCGGCGUUGCGGUCAAGAUCGAGCACGCUGUCUACCAGUCCGCUAAAAUGGUCGGCCGACACUUUGACGAGAAGGACGAGCUGCUGAGCCACAUCACACGGCAAAGUGUGGACGUGCUCAAGGAUUCGUUCAGGGCGGAUGUGCUUCCCGAAGAGUGGAUGCUGAUCAAAGCACUGAAGCCGUGGUUCAAUAUACAGUGAAUGAUGUGUAUCUAGUCGAAAUAUACGCAUGGACAUGCCGCACUCGGAAACAACCGCACACCUGCUUGAUCCCCAAUUGAAGUGAAUCGCUCUGAAUCCGAUCUAUUUCUACGA